CAAGAUACGAUAAAGAUUAACGAUAGGUCAUUUUUCAAAUACACUAUAUACUUAAAUAUUCAACUUCAAUAAAGAAAAAAAAAAUAUGCCUGAAAAUAUCAAUCAUUCGGGACCAUUCAUAGGGGCAAUUGAUGAAGGAACGAGUAGCGCUAGAUUCUUAGUAUUUGAUGUACUACAUAGAAAGGUAUUAGCGUCACAUCAAAUUGAAAUUAAACAAAAAUAUCCACAAGAAGGAUGGGUGGAACAAGAUCCAAAAGAAAUUUUGGAAGCUGUUAUAGAAUGCAUAAAAAAAACAAUAGAAAAACUAAAAGAUAUUAAUAUAACUGUAUCAGAUAUCAAAGCAAUUGGAAUCACUAAUCAACGAGAAACUACUUUAAUGUGGGAUAAAAAUACAGGAGAACCAUUACACAAUGCAAUAGUAUGGUUGGAUAUGAGAACUACUACAACUUUAGAAGACAUAUUAGAUAGUGUACCUAACAAAACAAGAAAUAAAAAUUAUUUGAAACCUCUUUGUGGACUUCCAAUGUCACCAUAUUUUAGUGCUCUCAAAAUACGUUGGUUAAUCGAUAACAUACCACGUGUUAAACAUGCAAUAGAUGAAGAAAGAUGUGCUUUUGGAACUAUUGAUACAUGGCUUAUUUGGAAUCUUACCAAAGGACAAUUACAUGUAACUGAUGUUUCAAAUGCAUCUCGUACUAUGUUAAUGAAUAUUGAAUCAUUAAAAUGGGAUCCUCUGUUAUGUCGAUUUUUUGGAAUUCCACAGCAUAUUCUACCUGAAAUAAGAUCUAGUGCUGAAGUAUAUACAACAAUUUCAAAUCCAGAAGUUCUUGCUGGUGUACCUAUAGCAGGAUGUGUAGGUGAUCAACAGGGAGCACUUCUUGGCCAAUUGUGCUUAAAACCUGGACAAGCAAAAGCUACUUAUGGAACUGGUUGUUUCUUACUUUACAAUACUGGAAGUAUUAAAGUAGAUUCAACACAAGGUCUUAUAACAACUAUUGCAUAUAAAAUAGGUAAAAACUCAGCAACUUAUGCAUUGGAAGGCUCAGUGGCUGUAGCUGGCGCAGCUUUAUCAUGGUUACGUGAUAAUAUACAACUAUUUAAUAAUAUAACACAAUCUCAAGACAUGGCAGAACAUGUAAGAUCUUCAGGAGAUGUAUAUUUUGUACCUGCAUUCUCAGGUUUAUAUGCACCAUAUUGGCAACAAGAUGCACGAGGAGUAAUUUGUGGUAUUACUGAAGAUACACAACAAUAUCAUAUCGUUCGUGCAGCAUUAGAAGCUGUUUGCUUUCAGACAAGAGAUAUUUUAGAGGCAAUGGUUAAAGAUUCUGGAACAAAAUUAACAACUUUACAAGUUGAUGGUGGAAUGACAGUAAACAAUUUACUUAUGCAAUUACAAGCUGAUCUCACAGGAAUAAAUGUUGUACGACCCAAUAUGGUAGAAACAACAGCAUUGGGAGCAGCUAUAUUAGCUGGCAUUGGAGUCGGUCUUAUCGAUGUGAAUGAUGUAGACGCAUCUCAAGUUACGGAAUUUUCACCCUCUAUUGGAGAAGAUGAAAGAGAUUUGAGAUAUUCUAAAUGGAAAAUGGCUGUUGAAAGAUCCAUGAAAUGGGAUUGUUCUACUACUUUAAUGAAUAAUUAAAAUUUUCAAAAUAUCCCUGUAAAUAGUAGGAAUGAUAAUAAAGAAUUAAUUAAAAUAAAAAUAAAAAGGAAUUAAUUAAAGCAAAAAGUAUAUAAAUAAUGAACAAUAUCUUGUUCAAAUGAAUGCAUAUAUAAAGAUUGAAU